CAAACAAAUGUCUGUCAAGUGAAUGCGUUUCCUAUCCUCCAAAGAAUUGUUAUUUGUAUUAAAAAUCAAAUUAAAAUGGUGUUUGGUAGUUUGUCGUUGAUAAUAAAAUAAAUUGUGGUUCCUCCGCCUCAAACAAUCACAAUGUUGCGGAACCUAUUCAUAUUUUUUGUGGCAAUCGUCAAAGUAACGCACAGUUUUUCGGACAUCGGAAAAUGGGAUUUACCGCUGAACGGGGACAGUUGUGUGUUUACACUAGCUAAGUCACUAUUUAAGGAUUCUCAGCUCAUUAUAAUGUUCAAAUGUGAUAUGGUGAAUGCCACUGAUGUGACGAUCAACUACCAGUGGGCCAAGACUAGAUGUUCACCCGAUUACCUGCAUUAUUUUGAACAGCAAGUAGUAGCAUGUUCAAACAGAAUCGAGCGCUCAAUCGUCGAUAUAAACGGCACGACUAUCUCAGUGAUAAGAGAAGAGAAGACAAAGAUCACUUGCCAGCACCCAAAUCAAAUCAUCUUCCUCGAACCGACACAGCCUGAGGUCACGAAAAAGGAUGGGGUACCUACAGUGUCGAAAUCAGCCCGCCACACGCUACUAACAGUGGACACUGAAGGCAUAUACGUGCUGAAAAUGACCCUCACAUCCACCAAGCAGUUCAAAGCCGUCGCCAGCAUAGAGAUGGCGGCGCCUUCGGGGUACCUGUCUGCUGCCAUAUGGCCGUUGUUACCGUUCUUCGGUGUAAUGUGCGGAGUAUACACACUACUAUGCACCGGCUGGCUGCUAGUCUGUUGGUUACAAUGGCGGGAUCUACUCCGCAUACAGUACUGGAUAGGUGGCGUCGCGUUGUUAGGCAUGGUCGAAAGUGCGACUUACUACGGCGUUUAUUCGUCUAUUAAUAGUUCUGGUUAUUUCAACGCGGAGGUGUACAUGUUUGCGGAGUGGAUCUCAGUGGCGAAGAGGGCGCUAGCGAGGAUGCUGGUCAUCAUUGUGUCCUUAGGAUUUGGAAUUGUCAAACCCCGCCUAGGCCCAGCCCUACAACGCGUAGUAGGCACGGGAGUCCUAUGGGGCAUCCUCGGCGGCAUCAACGCGUGGUUACGCCUGCACCACAAGGCUAACGACUCCAACAGGGAUCUGCUACUGUCUGAAGUGCCACUGUCACUGUUAGACAGUGCGAUAUGCUGGUGGGUGUUUGUGUCACUCGCACACACUAUGCGGACGCUGCAGUUGAGGAGAAACAACAUAAAGUUAUCGUUGUACAGACAUUUCACGAACACGCUGAUAUUCGCUGUGAUAUCUUCCGUGGUUUUCAUGUUAUACUCAAUCAAGUCAUACAGAGUGCUUCCUUGUAUCACCGAAUGGAAAGAAGUAUGGAUGGACGAGGCGUACUGGCACAUGUUGUUCGCGAGCGUCCUGACCGUCAUCAUGGUGCUGUGGCGGCCCACCAACAACAACCAGCGGUACGCCUUCACGCCUCUGCUCGAUAAUGCUGAUGAUGGUGAAGAAGAAGAAGAACAAUUUGUAAACGACGCGUACGGCGUUAAGAUGCGCGGCACGAACUCGACGACCGACGCGGCCGACGCUCGCGACGCCGCCGACCAGACCAACACGCUAGACUCAGAUCUGCGCUGGGUGGAGGAGAACAUCCCCACCAGUACCCUACCAUUGCUAGACUCGGACGAAGAAAUCAUUAACACCAAGUUCGAAGUGUCCAAAAUGCAGUAAUUACUUAAGUGUAUAAAUAAAGUAUUAUGUAACUGUGA